CAUGAUGUACUAAAUACACCUCAUCAAUACACUGUUAAUUAGUUUUUGCUCCACAAUGCUUGUGUGUUUGCGUUUUCUGCCAUUGUUUCUUAGUCUCAUUUCGGUAACUUCCGGUGAUGUUGUUGUGCAGACGAAGUAUGGAAAGGUGAGAGGAAAACAAACCGAUCAAACCAACUCUUUUCUUGGAAUACCAUACGCAAAACCACCUUUAAAUGAAUUACGAUGGCAGCCACCAGUGGAACCACCGGUCUGGACAGACGUGUAUAAUGCUACCGAGCUGAAACCUGGCUGUCCGCAACAUGGAUGUUUCUCUUCGAAUCCAUCAUUUGUCUGUCCCAAAGAGACAUCAGAGAGUUGUUUGUUCUUGAACGUGUAUACACCUUCAAACUCUUCAACCUCCAACCUACUUCCGGUUAUGGUUUACAUUCAUGGCGGGAACUUUGUGCAUAUAAGCGCCAGUAGUCCCAUUUUCAAGGGAGAUUAUUUUGCAAGCAAAGGACAGGUGGUGCUAGUGACAUUCGACUAUAGAUUAGGUGUAUUAGGUUUCUUGUAUACCGGUCCUAAAUCAACCGAUGCUGCUGGUAACUAUGGUAUCCGAGAUCAAAGGCUUGCUCUGAAUUGGGUUCAGGAAAACAUCAAGUACUUCGGCGGAGAUCAAACCAGGGUGACCCUUUUCGGUCAAAGUGCUGGAGGGCAGUCUAUCCCGAUACACCUGAUGUCAAACGAAGCAGAUAACCUCUUUAGGAACGUGAUUAUUGAGAGCGCACCGUUUGAUAUUCCCUUCAAGAAUCCAGAGGAAGCUGUUUACCUUGCAAGUCUAGUUAUGCGUUAUAUAAACUGUACAAUGGACGACUAUAUGACGUGUUUACGGUCUAAAACCUCUGAUGAGCUGGCCCAAGCCCAACUGGAAGCUAGAGCCAAACCUACCUCACUCAAAGUACUUGAUUUUUUCGAACCUCUUGGUCCUUUUGUGGAUGGCGAUGUUGUUCCAUAUGAACCUGUCUACGCCAUCCAGAAUAACAAACUCAGAAAAGUUCCAGUUAUGAUAGGUACCAUGACGGAAGAAGCUAGAAUAUUUGUUUACGAGGCAUGGGGUAAGCCGGUGCCACCGUUAGAAUACAUUGGCGUGCUUGCAGCAACUUAUCCGUCUCAUGUGGAGCAAAUGUUGAAUAUGUACCCGUUUGAAGGAGCGACCGACACAAGGGAUAAUAUAACAAAACUAGGAACAGAUUUUAUCUUCACGUGUGCUUCAAGAAACAUGAGCAGACAUUUUUACAAAAAUGGCCAAAAUGUCUUCCGGUUCGAGUUCAAUCAGUCGUUCUCGUUUAACGGGUGGGGUAAUUUCUCAUAUUGUGAAGGUCAUGUCUGUCACGGAGAAGAAAUAGUGUAUGUUUUCCACAGCGCUGAUCAAUCAGGGUUUAACUUCAACCACGAGGAAGAGAUAUUGUCCGAUCAAAUGAUUGGGUAUUGGACAAACUUUGCUUAUACGUCUGAUCCUAACAAAGGGCCACAUUCUGUCAGUCUUCAAUGGCCUCUUUAUGAUUCUGCAUCCAAGAUUAUUAAAUUUAAGGCGCCUAGUAAUACUGUAAUUGAUAAUUAUUUAGAAAAGUAUUGUGAUUUUUGGGAUACCAUAGGAUACAAAGCGUAGCUCUUACUUUACUCGAGGUCUUUCUCUACCAGAAAAGCUGCAAAGUCGCCACGUGACGUUAUAUUGUGUUAGUGCGACGUCAACCCACGUGAAGUAACAUUGAAUAAAGAUAUCUAUAUUUAAAAUGCUAAAUCUUGUUUCCUGCAAACCCGUUAAUUGUUCGUUUACUGCCAUCAAGACUCUAAAAGACUUUGUAAAAGUGAUAAAAAAACGCCGAAAAGUUACAAUUGAAUUUGUUUGUUUCAAGCUACCUUAUCAUAAAAUCAUUGUAUUCUCCCAUGUCCUAAAUAAACAUUUCCCUUUCUUA